UCUCUCUAUUCUUUCUCACCGUCAGAGCUGCAACUGAAUUUACCUUUUUUUUUUUAAAUACUUUGCGAGAAGAUGUCAGGAAGAGGGAAAGGAGGAAAGGGAUUGGGAAAGGGAGGAGCCAAGAGGCACAGGAAGGUGCUGAGGGAUAACAUCCAAGGUAUCACCAAGCCUGCUAUCCGUCGUCUUGCUCGCCGAGGUGGAGUCAAGCGUAUAAGCGGUCUGAUCUACGAGGAGACAAGAGGAGUCCUCAAGAUCUUCCUCGAGAAUGUCAUCCGCGACGCCGUCACCUACACCGAGCACGCCAGGAGGAAAACCGUCACCGCCAUGGAUGUGGUCUAUGCGUUGAAGAGGCAGGGACGCACUCUCUACGGUUUCGGCGGUUAAAUUGAAUCGACGGAGUUGGGGAUUAGGGUUUGAAAAUUUGGGGAUCUGAAAAUUUCUUUGUUUCUGAUUUAGCUGAAGUAAAUCCACGACUAUUGUGUAUCGUUUUAUGCUAUGUUGUUAGCCAACGUUAUGUUAAAUGAAUCUUAUCAAAACUUAUGAUGAGAAUUUCUAAUUAGAAUGUUUUAUAUUGAAAUCA